GAUCGAAUCACGAAGCGAGCUGUGCAGACUGAUAUCACAGCAAGUUGAAUAACCGCCGAUCAAUCACUUCACCAAUAGAAUACGAAUACAAAAUACAAAUGAACCUGCUCAUUGGAGUGAUGAGGUGCAUAAAUAUGCAGUACCAUCUUCAUAAGUGUGCGUGAGGCACAGCCACACGUGGCAAGGCAAACGGAGUCGUCAAACUUCUAUCAUAACGUUCAAGUGGAAAAGCAAACAUCCAGCAGUGAUACCAGGUGUACGAACUGAGACUUAUGAGAUCAACGUUCACUCCGAGUAGCCAAAAUUGACGUUUCUGAAAUUGCUGGGAAGUUUUCACAAGCGACCAGCUUGUCUUAUCUUCAACAUGAACCCCUCCAAGAGCCUGCAUGUGGACGAGCUUAUCGCCAAACUUCAGAAGUAUGGCCUUGAACGCGAAGAAUCACUUCCACAUCUCAUUAUAUCCGGCGACCUCUCUGAUACUGAAGGUUCCGGACUAAAAGAUUGGAAGCUCCGUACCCCAUUCUCAACAGAAAUCGUUCUUCGUCAAAGUGAAAUCAGCUCUCUCACGGUAAGACUGAUCCCUGACUUUUCGCGGCCUGCUUCACAGAAAUCCGAUAUCAAGUCUUUCCAGAAGUCCCUCACCCAUAUUGGCGAACUUCCAAAUGCCGUACAAUUGGCAAGUGCGAAAGUUUACAUGUUUCUCGAUGCCAAAAAUCUUCCUGACAAAACACCAUGGAAAGAUGUUCUACGCAUUGAAAUCGAAGGGCCAUUACAACCAAACCUUACCUUACUCGAUAUCCCCAGUCUCCUUGCAAACAUCUCCAAGGUAGAAACCGGCUACGAAGAAGACAAUGCCGCUUCAAUUGCCGAGACAACGUCUUUCACGGCUGGCUCCAACACACCCACCCACACAGUCAUGACCGAAGAUUUCCUCUCUCAUCGUCGCUCUCUCUCCCACGACACAGUUCCUCACGCUGGAAAAACAUUCAUAAUUCGAGAUCGCAAUCAUGGUGGGGUUAUUACACUCAAAGAGGGAGCUCUCCAAAUAUCUCCCAAUGUCCCCCGAGCCGGAGGAUGUCAUUGGACAUGCAUAGAGCGCGAUGGAUGGCUUGGCUUCCGCAACUGCGUCUCCGGACAAUUCUUUGGUCAUGAUAGCAAGGGAAAAUUUUAUUGCAAGGUUACUCAUCAUCGGAACCAUGAAUGGUUCUGUACGAGAGCUCAUCCAUCGGGGGGACAUCUCUUGUUGAUGUUGCAUGGGGAUAAAUUUCGGCAAAUGAAAAUAGGGAAUGAUGAUACAAAGCUGGUGGAAACGGAUGGGGAAGGGACGGCGUGGGAUUUCAUAGAAGUUUAGAUAAUGUCAUGAUAACAGUUGCUGGUCGCAGCUUCUCUCUUAAAGAGACAAUUCUACAUUUGCCAGAUACGGGUAGAUUAUCCUGAGAAAAUCAUUGCGCUUUGUUACAUUGGUGAAUUCUCCAUUCCUUUUCGCACAGUACAAUAGCAGGCUCAGCUUUUCA